UGUUGCUUGUGCUGCCUUUUGUAAGUCAUUUGGAACAAGAGGUUGAAAACUGCACUAGAACGCCCUCUGCUGGAUAUUUGUUAUAUUGUUUUGGUUACGCUAAAAAAGAAAAUAGAUCCAAGAUGGUGGAACGCAACACCGAACGGUUUAUUGAUUAAGCUGACUGUUAUUCUUAUACGUUGUGUUUCAGACAAGAUUUGUUCUUUACGAUGGCCAAAGAGAUGGCAGUGGUCAGAGGCCACUCUUCAAUAAACAAGUAAAACAGAUAAAGAAGUUUGGUUAUUGGAGCGUCGUUGUCUGGCUGUCUAGCUUGCUGAAAGGUCGAAAACUCAGGGCGAGGACAGCACAGUAAAGAACAUCAGCGCAGCGGGCCACAACCACGAGGAGAUAUUCAGCAAAUUAAUCACGAGCCUGCGGUCAAGUAAAGCAGAUAACAUGGAGAACAAGGAUAAUGCAAGCAAUACAGACACAAGUUCUAAGUCUACACGCUCAUGUUCGUCCAAACGUUCGUCCAUAAGUUCUGCAGCAUUAAAAGCACGAGCAAAAGCAGAGGCUGCACGUGCUCAGUUGGCGAUUUCAGAAAAAGAAGCAGCCAUAAUGAAGCAGAAAACUGAACUCGAAGCUAAUUUGCAUAUUUUGAGUUCUCAGAAGGCUGUUGCAGCUGCAGAAGCAGAAGUUGCAGUUUAUGAAGAGGAGGAGGUUCUCUCAAAAAUGGAGCAGGACUAUCCAUUGGUGGGACCACCUGCCAGCCCAAAACAGCGUACGGCAGAGUAUGUUCAAAAACAUUCAGACAUUAGUUUUGAAGGCUUCUUGUUACCAGCAGAUCCACUCGCCUGCCAUAAAGCUGCACGUGAACAGUGUGAAAAAGCCAUGAAAGAAGAAAUGGACAAUAACAGCUCACACAUUGCGGAAACAGCUAAGCCUAAAGUGGCGCACAUUGCACAACAGAGAGAGCGACUGAACCCCCCCAUUCUACAUCCGUUCCACACUCCUCAAACACCAACAGAGGCACAAGGUGUACAGGAGAUUACCAAAUACCUUACACGGAGAGAAAUGUUAAGUUCAGGACUUUUGCAGUUUGAUGAUCACCCAGAGAAUUACUGGUCGUGGAAAAUGUCAUUUCAAAAUGCUAUUAAAGAUUUGAACGUUACAGCCCAAGAAGAGCUAGACUUAAUGGUCAAAUGGCUGGGAGCUGAGUCUGGACAACAGGCAAAAAGAAUCCGCUCAGCCAACGUCUUUAGUCCAACUGUAGCACUGGACCUUGUGUGGCAAAGACUGGAGGAAUCUUACGGUUCUCCUGAAGUAGUGGAAAAUGCACUGUUAAAAAAGAUCGAACAGUUUCCCAAACUCAACAACAGAGACAAUAUAAAGUUAAGAGAGCUGGGUGACAUUCUGCAGGAAAUUGAAUGUGCGAAAGAUGGAGGAUACUUACUAGGACUGUCAUAUUUGGAUACGGCUCGCGGAGUCAAUCCCAUUGUGGAGAAGUUACCCUAUGGACUGCAGGAAAAAUGGAUUGCAACAGGUGCAAAGCACAAAGAGGAACAUAAAGUUGCCUUUCCCCCUUUCAGUGUUUUUUCAAGAUUUGUAAGACAACAAGCCAAAAUAAGAAAUGACCCAAGCUUUGAUAUCACACCUGCCAACGCAAGCUUCAAAAAAGAGAAAAGCUUCAAAAGCAAUAACAGGCAAGUGAUUACUGUACACAAAACAGACAUCCCUAUAGACGCAAGUUCAUUUCAGACUAGUUACAGUAAGCUUAUAGAAAGCCCCGACAAGAUUUGUCCUAUACAUAAGAAGCCUCAUCCACUUAAAAAGUCAUCUAGCAAGGGACUGCAAGGUGCAAAUAAAGUGUAUGGACUGUGGCAGUGA